GACCUCCUCACAACGAAAUUGACAAAAUACGAAAUUGACAGGUUCGUUUUCGAGAAGAUACAUAUAAAAAUUGCAAAAUCGAGUAGCUUCACGUCUAUGAUGAAGACGAAAAGGCAAUAAUGAUCUUCGUACGAUCAAUGGUUGUCAAUAUCGGUUUACAAUAUCGUAAAAUCAAAGUAUAAAGGUUAAACUCUAUCAGGGAACGAGACUUUCACGCGAGAAUGUCUACUGACCUGCUACCGGAAUCAGUGAACUUGUUUCUCGAUGACUUCGAGACCAGUCUCUGCCUACCUAUUCUCGUGAUUCUGGUGCUCUGCACUGCUCAAUUCGUAUUUAAUCAUGUCUUCGGUAUCGGAUGCACAAUCUAUCAGAGCAUAAAGAAACCGACGACGGAGGAGGAAGAAGAGGAGCAGGAUAAAACUAAUAUAAUGGAUAAACUUAAAGGAAUGCUGACCACUCUAGGCAUCGGAAAACCCGAUACAGUGACUACGACUCCGACUAGAAAUCCAUUGCUACCAGAUUACGAUACUCGAUCUCGUGAGGAGGAAUGGGAUUACUGUGAGGAGGAUGUUGAAUGAGAUAAUAGAACGUUCCUGUGUAUACCAUUACAAAUACAAUAUAAAGUGCAUAGCAAACAAAUAAAAAAUUCAUUCACGAUCAUUAACAUUGAUAAGAGGAAACAAUCAAACGUGGAUUAGCC